AUGGAGGGCUUAAUACCUGAGGCGAUUCGAAAAAUGGAGAACCUGCGGUCCAAGCACGAUGUCGAACUCGGCGUAGCCAUGGCGUUGCUCUACUUCCACGGCAAGGCAAAGAUGGUGGACAGGGAGGCCGUGGAGACUCUUACCGCGACUCUCACGAUCACCGAGGACAUGGCAAGCGAUGGAGGCGUGCUUACAGCAGCGCGGUUCCAAUGGCUCAAAGGUGAUCUGGAGUACGCUCGGAGGCUCGUAACCAGAGUUCAGGGCGGUGACUUCUCCGCUCAAACGCCGAUUCAGCAACAGGCCUUUACGCUACGAGGGUGGAUAGACGCCUCCAUCAGCCAGCCCCGCAACAAAGAGGAAGCUUCACUUCUCAAGGAAAGCAUAAGCUUCUUCGAGGGCAGCGGGCAAAUGCGCGACCUCGACACAAUAAUGGGGAAAGCUCGAUACUUCGCGACUCGUCUAGAUGGGGUGGACACAGCCGCCGACCACCUGAGCCACGCCAUCGCUCUCGAACCCCGCUUUUGGCCUGCGCUAGUAGAAAAGGCCAGGCUUUUGGCGGCCGUGGGAGACUGGGAACAGGCUGAGGACGCGAUUUCGAGGGUGCUGGCAAUGGACGACGACAACCUGCCGGCGCUCAUGUUGCAUGCCCUCCAAGGACUCACACAGGCUGGGCAGGGGUCACGCGAGGGGGUCAACCGACUUCGACGACUGAGCGAGUCGCUCUCGAAGCGAGAGCCUCGAAAUACCCCCCUCCAUGUCAGGGUCUCCAGGCCGUUCGCGAGGGUGUGCGGCAGGGACCCCGUGGCGCUGCAGCUCACCAUCGGGAUGCUCGAGAGCGUUAGGAAUGAGGAUGUUGACUUGCUGGUGGAGCUGGGUUACCAGCUGUCUCUGUCGGGGGCGUUCGACUCUGCAGUGGAGGCGUAUCAGGCUGGGGCUAGGGCGAACGAAGGCGACGUCCGGGCCAUGACAGGCGUCGUCUACUGUCAGGUUCAAGACGGCGACUUAGAAGACGCAGCCCAGCAGCUGGAGUUCUUGACCGUGAUGCAGGACUCAAUUGGGUCUUCUGCGGAGAUCAGUCUCGUUCGCGCCAUGCUCAAGUUUCGGUUGGACAGGAGGAUGGACCAACACCUGCGAUACCUCGAUGAGUGCGCGGAGUUGCAGGAGAGCAAAGGCAAAAACGCGGGUAGACCAGGGGCGCCAAGCGACCCGUUGGAGCGAAUCUGUCUCCUGAACCCGGACAUGAUGCUUGAAAUAGCAAAGGAAUACCUUCUUCACGCCGGCAGCGAGGUUGGCGGGGGGGGGUUGACGGGCAGCAAGGGUCGAAGAAACAGCACCCCCGGGUCGUCAUCGGCCGUCGGCCGCUCCCAACGAUCGACUCCAGUUUCCAAAGGACUCGCAUUGCUCCGCGAAGUGGUGGGCCUGGUACCGGGGCACUUGGGUGCCCGACUGCUAAUGGCGAGGGCUUCCUACUCUACUGGCCAGGCAGAUUUGGCCCAACAGACACUGCAGGAACUGCUGGCCAUGGAUCCGGCCUUGGAGGACGCACACCUUCUCGCGGCACAGGUGCACCUAGCGCAAGGGAGGUGCCGUGCCGCAUCGAACAGCCUCGAGCAGGCACUCAGCUUCAGCUUCCGGGUCGGCAAGAAUCCGGUGUUUUUGCUCGUGAAGGCAUCGGUGCAAAAGGAAGAAGGGAAGCUCGAAGAAGCUCUGGAAACCUUUGAGGAGGCCUUGAGGCUACCGUCGGUCCGCGGGAGUACCCUAGGAGGAUCCGCGCCUGCUACGAGGGGCGGGACUGUAGGGACGGCAUUAUCAUCGUUCACCGACGGUGAAAAGGCGGCUAUUUUUUCCGGCGCUGUUGGCGUGCUCGCUAAGCUCAAGAGGACGGCCGAAGCAACAGAGCUGGUUAAGGAAGCCAUGGCCAUGUUCAGGGGCACCCCUGACGAGGUUCAGAUAGUGGUGGCCAACAGCGAGUUGGCGAUAGAGCGGGGAGAUUUCGAAAAGGCCUUGAAAAUCCUGGGAGACGUCCCGCCAGAAUCGCCAGCCUAUGUCAGGGUUCAGUCUGUUAAAGCGACGAUAUACUUGACCCUGAGGAGAGACAAGCGGGCGUACGCACAGUGCUACCGCGACAUGGCCCAAGCGAACCCAUCCGCAGCCACCUACGUCCUUCUUGGCGAGGCUUACAUGCGAAUCCAGAUGCCUGAGGCGGCCAUUGAGUCCUUCGAGAUCGCCUUGGAUACAGAUCCCUCAGACUCCUCGCUAGCGGGUCAGAUUGGCAGGGCACUGGUCAGCACCCACGACUAUCGGAGGGCGGUAGAAUACUACAGGAAGGCUCUGCGGGGACAGCCGAGGAGCGUCCCUUUGCGCCACGACCUCGCUAGACUGUGCCUCAAGCUCGGCCGCUACGAGGACGCGUCCGGAGUCCUGCAGCAGGCUUUGAUCGAAGACUCAUCGGACGUAGAAGACAUGAAGGCGGACGUGCAAACGCUGCUGAUCCUGGCCGAGGUUCACGAGGCCACCGGUGACGAUAACCAGGCAGACUCCAGCUUGGCCCGCGCAAGCGAGCUACAGGGAACGAUUCUCGCUAGGUCCAGGUCUGGUAGCCCAGAAGUGGUUCGAGAAGAGACCGCGCUCCAGUCCAAGAUAAUGAGGGAGCAAGCGCGUUUCAGCCUUGAAGUACGGAAGGACGACCAGAGAGCGAUCGAGCGAUUCAGUGCGAGUCUAAAAGAAGACGAGGGGAACGAGGAGAGCAUGGUUGGCCUGGCCAAGACACAUCUCCGAAGAAAUGAGCUGGACCAGUGUGAGCGGCUAUGCGAGACAGCGCUCAGGGUGUCUGACGGGAGCGGGGAAGCUGCGUCCAUGAUCCUAGGAGAGGUGAUGUUCCUCAAGACCGACCACGCGAAGGCAAUCCAGUGCUACCGCUCUGUGCUGAAGCAGAAACCGAACAACUACCAGGCUUUGCAGAAACUCAUAGGUCUCCUCAGGCGGGCCGGACAGUUGAACGAGGUGCCGGCUCUCCUGGAGCUCGCAAAGGCAGGAGAUCCUCGGUCAUCGGCGCACGCCGGGCUUAGGUUCUGCAGCGGCCUGUACCAUCGCUACACCAACGACAUGCACGAGGCCGUUCGCCAGCUUAACCGGGCCCGGCAGGAUGGGGAAUGGGGAGCUCAGGCGCUUGAACACCUGAUCGAGAUCUACAUUAGCCCGAACGGAGACCACCUAUGGGAGGUGGUCACCUCCCCCCAAGGCGGGGAGGGGUCUGCGGAGUCACUAGGAAUAGCCAAAUUCUUCCUGUCGGAGCUGCAAAAGAUUAGCCGAGGGGACAGCCGAAGCGGCGCAGGGGCAACGGGGGGAACAAACAAGGCAGGCAUACGUUUAAGAUAUCUGGAGAGCGCUGUCAAGAUGAUGGCGCGUGACAAGGAGAGCGUGGACGCCGCCAUGACGGGGUUCAUGUCCAUGCUGGAGGAUGACAAGGAAAAUGUACCGGCGCUCCUUGGCAUGUCACUCGCCUUCACUCUCGAGGACUCUCCCAACAAGGCUCGAAAUGCUUUGAAACGUAUCGCCAAGAUGCCCUACACGCUGGAGAGUGCGGAAGAGUUCGAGCAAGCGUAUCUGCAUCUCGCGCAUCUUUACGUCGACAGGGGAAAAUUUGAUCUUGCACAGGACCUGUGCCGUCGAUCCCUGAGUUACAACAAGUCUUGUUCACAAGCCUGGGAAACCAUGGGUCUGGUCAUGGAGAAGGAGCAGAGCUACAGGGAUGCCGCUGAGUGCUAUGAGAAGAGUUGGGAGUUUGGGAACCAGGCUGGCGCGGCUGGUGGCUUUAAGUUGGCCUUCAACUAUCUCAAGGCCAAAAGGUUCGUGGAGGCGAUCGAUGUGUGCAACAAGGUUCUCGCCCAAUACCCCGACUACCCCAAGAUUCGCGAGGAGAUCUUGUCCAAGGCACAAACUAUGCUCAGACCGUGA